AUGCUCUCUGUGACUAAAAUUCUAUUACAAGUGGGCGUUGUUCUAAGUAUCGUUUCAGGUAUGAAAAUUAUAUUUGAAAAUCAUAGCUUUAUUAUCGUUUCAUGUGACAGUGAGAUAUAACAAUACUUUGCUUUUAUUUCCUAGAAUCGGUCACGUCUACCAUCAACCAAAAGGUAUUCAUAAGAUUUUGAUUUGAAAAUGUCUCAUUGUCACGAAAAUCAAAACUUCAUUAGUGCGUUUUCGACGUCGACGGGUGAUCUCACCAUAGCUAUUGUUAAAGAGUGAAUCAUUUAUGUAAACAUAAUUACUGCGAUUGAGACAAUUAAUUCCUUAGGGGCCAGUCUGUCUUCAAAAUGGAAGAUCCCACCUUUUUGAAAACUAAAAGCGAGCCCUUUAGGAAAGCUUGCCCCAGAGACUCAAACCUCGCGUCAUUCGCGCAUCUCAAAAUGCCACUUCCAACCAGCGACAUUUACGUCCACUACACAAAGUGCAAAGCUUUGUUUCGUGGACCCCAUACGUUUUUAGUGCGAUCUUGAUGGACAAAUUGAGUCUAGCGAACCGAGGUUUACAUGCUAUACUGAAAGUAGUUGUAAAAUGCCAAUAAAAGUUUUUCAUGAUCUUGUGAUUAGGUUCCAGCACUCCAUCAUCGAAUGACAAAAAGGGAGAUAUCAAACUAUUUUGGAGCGAACUCCCACUCAGAAGGUCUGUAUUCAAUGUAAUUAUUUUUUUCAUUUCGGGGCCCCUUUUUAUUUAUCGCCUGAGAGAGGUGGGUUUGGAGGGUUUUGGGGCGAUCAAAUUUUUUUAGAGGGAACAGAGGGGGGAUCACAAAUUGAAAUACCACAGAGCCUCAGGGGGAUCACGAAAUGUUAGUGUGAGACAACCAAAAUCCUCCCACCCCUCCCAUACUGCAUUGAAAUUCUCAGUUUGUAUCAGAAACUUAACAAGCAUUGCUCAUUUUGUCGUACUUAUUGUUUGUUAUAUAUUUGCACUCGUGUUUUAUCUAAUGGCUGUUAUGUUUUAUUAUUGUCAUCGUUAGUGCCUGAGUAUGAAGUCAUCUCGCCAUUCCAAGCAGACGAAACUGGGGAAUUUCUUUCUCAUGAACUUCACAAACGUAGUCGCAGGAAACGAAGCACAGAUCAACCCAACAACUGGUUUUAUAACAUGGAAGCGUUUGGUUUCAAACUCCAUUUGAAUGUCACCAAAUCAAGACAUAUACUGGCCCCUGGAGCCAUUGUAGAAACAGUCCAUGAAAACGGGAGCAAAUCCUACGCCGCACCACCUAAGAAUACCUUCUAUAGUGGCCAUGUAGUGUCCCAUCCUGGUUCUGUAGUUGCCGUCAGCAACCACGAUGGAUUGGUAUAAAUAUGUAGACUUCAAUGAAUAAUGAGUGUAAAUGUUCCUGUUUUUGCUUUACGUUAAAGUAAAGCUCUUUUUCCGUGUAUGACAUGCUAUAAGCUUCCUAUGAGAUGACAAAACAUAAUUGUUAACUCUCUUUAUUUCUUAGAGUGGUAUGAUCAACCUUAUAAAGCAGGCACUCUUUAUACAGCCACUACCCAAUCACCUCGCAAAGGAUUAUGGGUCAUUUAGUGGUGCGCAGCCUCACUUGAUUUUUAAAAGAUCACUAGGAGAUGUCAUCGGUAGAGGAUGUGACAUAUCAGGUAGAAUACAUACUGAUAACGCCUAUGGGGAAACCAACAAUAUAAAACUUCUAAAUCGUGAAACAUUGUAAUUCUAAUCAACCUUGGUUUUGCAACACAGAUUCUCACGAGAGAAUGAAAAGAAGCUUGGAAAUUAAACGUUCAGUAUCACAUAAGCAUUUAGAAGUUGCCAUAGUAGCAGACGAUUUGGUGGUCAAAAAUCGUGGGGAAGAAAAUCUGGAAAGACAUCUCCUUAUGUUGAUCCACUUGGUAAAGAAACCUUACUCUUUUGUUGACUUGCAGUGCAUUUCUCUCGUAUUAAACUUAGUUGAAAUAAAACCCUUUUCAAUGACCUAAUUUUUGGAAUGCAUCUUAAAUCUUGUAUUCUCAUUUUUUAUUAAAACUUGUUAGGUCGAUAGCAUGUUUCACGACGAAAGUGUUGGAGAGAAAAAGGUAUCAUUGGUGGUAGUUAAACUGGAGAUCAAGAAAGAUGGGGUAAGGUUGUCUCUUUGGAUUGUUUUUCUGUGUUUCUUCAAAAACGAUGCCUCUAGCUACCCUCUUGUAAGGAUCUUUACGUAAGCAUUGGAUCAUUCUGGUGUUUUGUCAGUCUACAGAAUAGACCAUUGAUAUGUUAGUCGAUUCUGGCUACUGGCAACCAUUGCUUAUUCAACACGUGAAAACAAAAUGACAUCCUUUCAUUCUUUAUAAACAGUGUCCUUCAUUGUGAUAAAUGAUCGUUUUCUUCCAGGUGAUUGUAGCAAUAACCUUUUUAUUUGAUAUCUUUCCAAAGAACUGAGCGAUACAUGAUUUCUGUAACACAAGUAUCAACCAAUAUCCGGUGCAGAUUAAAGCACCAUAGUCGUAAAUGGAAAUUAAAUGAGUGUUCGUAAACGUAAUCGCAAGGAUGUUAGGAAAAUUAUUGUGUGCAUUUGAAUAGCCACUGCUUCUGAGUGUGUAACCCCAGUGUGUUUUUUUCUAAUUUUAUUUUUUUUCCAGAUUUUGUUACUUUGUUUUUAUAAUUUUUUCUAUUGGUUUAUUUUUCUACAAAUCUUUCUUUUAUAACAUCCAGUAAGCACUGUCAGAGAGAGGACAUUGAGUGAAUGAUCUCUACCAAUCAAUUUUCAGUUUGGUUACGAUUCUUCAGCUUCCAAUCAUGUCAGACUAAGUAAAGUGAAAGCUUGGGGUGACAGCCUGCCAGAGUCAGACGACGAUCCUAAACAUGCUGACAUUGUUAUAUUACUGACAGGGUGAGUAACAAUUAUAAACUCUUUUAUUAAUGGGGCAUCAUCCAAAGACACAGAGUAAGUGGGCUAGGAUGGGUUAUAUUUGUUUCCAAAAAAAGCGGUGACUUAUUCUGGAACAGCUUCCAAAUUGUUAUCUUUUCCACGCCCAGCCUGAGGGAAGUUUAUGCAACGUUUCACUAUUUUAUUGCGUAGGGCUUUAUCACGCAAAAAAAUAAAUAAAAUAGUGCUGUUCGGUUAAGUCUGCUUUCGAAAGGUUUUUCUUUCAAACGAAAACGUAAGCCUAGAAUGCCUAACUCAUCCCCGCUGGACGACUUAUUUGGAUCAAUCAGAGUUUACAGUGAGCGGAAACCUAAAACAAAGUCCUCUUUUUUUUCACAGGGAUGGCUUUGGAGGUAAACGGAUGAGUUGUUGUCUAAAUCGAUAAAGAUUUUUAAUUCUGUGUCAGUCAUGUUGCUACACCUCUGAAUCGAUUUCCCUUUCCAAUUUUUGUAGUAUACAAUGAACGUUUUUCGAGACUAACUUUCAGAAAUUCUUGCCUCGAUUAGAUCGUCGUGUCAGAGCCUAGAAAUGAGAAUUAAGACCUCCACCAGCUCCUUAUCACUUUUGAAUAAAUGUUUUUCCAUUUUUCAAUUAUUCUUUUAACUUUCGGUUUACUCACUUUUACUGCCUUACACAGAAAACGAGACGAAGAUUAUUGAUUUUUAGCUUUUAAGAACAAAAGACUUCAUCAUUUAAUCAAUUUUUAGGUUUAGCUGCUGUGGGUUCUACUUGCUCCUCAGAGUUUGGCAAAACUGUUAACAAUGACAUUGGCCUAACAUCAGCCAUCAUUAUCGCUCAUGAAACAGCUCACACGUGAGUAUAUAUAUAUAUAUAUAUCAGUGAUGAACAGUUAGCAGGAAAAUUACGAGGGAUAACGGGUCCAAAUAAAUAAUAUCUACUACUUGUUGUAUUAGUCAUAAAAUAAAAGACUUUAUAAAUACACUUCUUUUACGAUACCGAACGGUGCAAUUGGAUGAUCUCGUUCAUCCGACAGCCCCUGCAGUCUUGAGCAACUUAUCUGCAUUUAGGGCGUGGGUCUCUAAAGAAACUGUGGUGCUGCGUCGGUGGGAGAUUAUAAAAGGGUAAUUUAGUGUUAUUAACUGAAUUGAAAACGUAAAUUGACCACCUUAAAGAGAUUGAAGGUUGAUGCUUCGAGCGUCAGCCCUUCGUCAGUCGCUAACGCUCGAAACUUCAGCCUUCAAACUCUUUGCGGUGGCCAAUUUACGUUCUCAACUCAGUUGAUAACACUUAAUUACCCUUCGAAUAUAGAAUCGAUCCUCGUACUUAGAAAAAAUUCAGGCCCGUACGGGAUUUGAACCCAUGACCUCUGCGAUACCGGUGCUGCGCUCUACCAACUGAGCUAACAAGCUAGUUGGAAGCUGGUCAUUAUGUUGGAUCCAAACAAAACCUUCCAAGUGGUGAAUAAUGGCUGUGAAUAUAUGAAAAUUAUAUAUAUGCACUGCAGUUGAAAAGAAGAAUAUAGAAUCAAUCCUCGCAGUUAUGAACACUACUGAACUAGUAGUUGGAAUAAGGCCUGAAAAGAUUAAGGCCCGUAUGGGAUUUGAACCCAUGACCUCUGCGGUACCGGUGCAGCGCUCUAUCAACUGAGCUGUCAAUCUUCCAUGUAGAUUUGGCGUGGGUCAUGAUGGAGAGCGGUGCAACAACGGGUAUAUCAUGGCAAGCGUCGUAAGCGACGGGGAGAAUGCAUUCAAGUGGUCAAAUUGCAGCCGUACUCGCAUUCAAGAAUUCCUCACGUAAGUAUAUUUACGAGAAAGUACUAAAUCCUGGGAUUUGAAAAUUAACAGAGAUGAAGGUUGGUAAAAGGAUCUGAGAAAUUGAACAGCGAAACGAAAAUUCCAAUUGGAAGACAAACAAUCAACAGCAUUGAAUGAUGAACAUUAGAUUAUUUUGAUUUAUAUCUUAAAGUACUCCUAAUAGUUUAAAACAGAAUGUAAAUGAUCAAGCGACAGCUGUUCUUACAAUGAAUGAGUAAAAUGCAGAGGAAAUUUUUAAGAAAAGAUUUCUUCUUUUAGCGUUCUUUCUUUUCCCUCAUCACCUCCUUGAGAGAGGGAGGGAGAACCACGAGGAAGAUUGAAAAUUUGUAAGACAGAGGAAACCCUCUCGACCUCCUCAAAAGAUAGCGUGCCUUCAGCGGUGUUGCGGCUCACAAUUUAGACACCCAAUCUUAAAUAUUUAUCAAAGGCUUUAUGUCAAAGGCUAAAAACGAUCUAUUUUUCAUUUAUAAAUUUUUUUGCCAGAAAUUUAAUUAUCAAGUUGCAAGAGUAACAAAAGGUAGCAAAGGAGCCCAUGAGAGACCAAGAGCCCUUCCACAUGAUCGACUCCUUCUAGCAAAUAUAAUAAUUAUAAUUACAAUUUAAAUGUAGAAUAGUGACGAAUCCAUGGCAUAAUAGAAAAUCAGUUGAGCUAAAACGUGGCUCAGAAAACUCAAGAGGAGUCUUCCUACACCCUUGCCCCUCCUGAAAGAGGAUGGGGCUAAAAGUCAGGUUCUGCUCUGAGAAUAAAGCUCUAGGUGUGGUAUUUCCUGACAGUGGAUCCGGUUCGGAAUGUCUGGAUGACAACCCACAUAACUUCACAGAAAUGCCCAGCGUCUUCCACAAGAAGCUACCGGGACAGAUUGUGAACGCUACACUACAGUGUAGGUUGCAAUUUGGUCAAGGAUACUUUCAUUGUCCCCAGAGGAAAGUAAGUAACAAUUGAAAGAUGAUGUUUUUCAGUGAAUGACUCAGGCGUACUUGAAAAAUAACUCCGAGUGCUUUCAAUAAGAGUCGAACCUGCGACCUCCUGGUUAGCAACAAUAGUUUUUGAUAGUGAAACUUUUGUUCAUGCGGGCUUGUGCAAAAUUAAGAAUAACGAACUUUUUCACUUUGUUAUCUCACUCUGAGUGCAAUAGUCCGAGUGUUACCUUCCGAAUUACCGUCUAUCAGUAUAAAGGUCAUGGUCACAAAUCUGAAAUAAACAGGAAAAGCUGAAUGAUAUAGAGACAUAGAUAAAAAAAAAACCUUGCUUAUUUCUGUUUUCUAUUAGAAAUUCUGCCACGGAAGGUAAUCUCAAGUAAUCUGUCGACUCCGAUGUAAUUCAUUUGUUUGGUUGCAUGUUAAAAUGUUUCUUUGUCUGGAAUAGUGGAAAGCUUGUGUUGUGUUCUUGGGCAGUGAAAUUUUCCCUCAUAGUGCCUCUACCCUUACAAAAGCACGAGUGGGUACUGGCUGAAAUACUGGGAUGGUAUGGCAUGCUCCUCAGGGCAAGGGGAGGGGGGGUGUCGAACAAUACCACAGAAUAACCUACAACAACUAAAAUUGUUAGUUUCGUCAGCAGACUUACUUUUAUAAAUUCUCAGUUGUGAUAAUACUGACAAACCUAACAUUUAAAGUCAAUCACGAGCGUAAAACGAAUGUAAGAGAAGGGUUUCAAAACAUUACGGUUUAACACUUUAAGAUGAGACCUGAGAAAAAUUCAAAAGGCCUGUGGUUGCUUUUUCAUUAGGCUGACUGUGGAGUCUUAUACUGCACCAACGAUGGGUAUAAAUGUAUAUCUCGUGGAGCUCCGCCUGUCGAUGGCACGAGAUGUGGUGAUAGGCACGUAAGUAAAAAAGCUCAAAACAACUGAAUUUGAACUUACUGCUACAUCUCUUGCUUCUUGUAAAACUGUUGAGCUUACGUCAACCAAUUCCUUGAAUAAGCUCUCUAACUAAUAAAAUAAAUCUUGAAAAAAUAAACCGCGCAAUCUGUUGGUGUAACGGAAAUUUUCCUAUACCCUUACGUUUGCGGCAGACUAAUCACUGUUCCAGAUGUGAUCAUGGAGACCUCACUCACUUUGGGAUUAUAAUUUUCUUCGAGUAUACCAUAAUUUUGACUUUCUCUUAAUUUUUGAAGUGGUGCAUUAAAGGUGAAUGCGAGGACGACGGCUCUGCAAUGAUUGACGGAGGAUGGAGUGAUUGGGUGGACACCCACUCAUGCACACAAACUUGCGGUGGCGGAGUGACCUGGAAAACAAGAUCAUGCACCAACCCUGUGUAGGGAUAGCCAUUACUCUAAUUUUUGCUGCUUACUUCUUUCUUAAGCAAUAUUGCUGAGGAUCUGAAUGACCGUAUACUUCAUUAAGGUUUUUUUUUUGUUCUGUUCAGUGAAAUUUGAACCUAGCGAUAACAGUUAAUCGUGCAGUCUAAUCAUUCAAGUGAGAGGAAGCCUGAGAACGACUGUUGUCGUGAGCAAUAACAAACCAUUAGCCUUAUUUACAUAAUCAACGAAACAAACAAACCAAUCAGAACGAGCAAACCUUAUCGACGGAUCAAAAAUGAUCCUAUGAAUGACAAAAGAUUUAUGCUACUUGAGUCCCUCAGCUGAUAAGGUCUCGGCAAAACUGGUCAAUACGUCUUAACGUACAAGACUUAGAACGAUCGGUGAGCAAACAACCCUUUACCUGACUCUAAUGAUGACUUACUCUCGGCUUUUCGAAUCUUCUACCGACAACGGUUCUUUUCAAAAUUAGUCUCACUCGGACGACAUGACUCAACGUGAUAAACACUUGUUUAUUGUUCUUGUUUUGUCUUGUCCUGGUUUGAUUUGCAAUAGCUCAAUUUGUUCCAAAACAUUUUGUCAAUCGUCAACAAUCAGUCAAGGGACUAUCGCAUGGUAACUUCUCGCAACAAUAUUAUUUUUUAGGCCACAGAAUGGUGGUAAAAACUGUGAAGGAUCAAACAAAGGAUCAUGGGAAAUGUGUAACACAAAGGUAAUGAAAAACCAUCAUACAGUGGCUCCGACUAGGCGUGAAUUAGUUUUUACAAAAUAAUUACUUAGUAUCUUAUGUAUCAUCCUUAAAUCCAGACAUGGAUACACUUUUUUCCCACAGCCUUGCCCUGAAGGCUCCACAGAUUAUAGACUUACUCAGUGCCAGGCCUUUGAUCCGAAAUCCGUGGUGCACUGGGGAUCAGGUGCGUAUCUUACGUCACGAGAGGCUAAGCAGCCAAGAAUGUAACUGAAAAUGUUUCAGAGAUGAUUAAAUCGUUUUCUCUGGUCAGAAAAAAGGAAGAGUUAAUCUACGAUUUUUUCAAAGAUAUUAUUUGUGAUUCUUGUCGUAUAUUAUUUCAGCUACUUCCAGUUGUGAAUGAAGCAGUAAUUUAUGUGAUGAAUCUAUCACAGUAAUUUAUGUGAUGAAUCUAUCGAAACUAUCAGAGAGGGUGAUCGAGAAAAGCGGAAUAGAUAAGAGAAAAUCUGCUAGCAGUAAUAAAUCGUUUUCUACACUCGGUAGCAUGUACUUCAAGUCAGAAUAAAAUGUAGUUUUAACUGAAAUGAAAAUGUAUUUCACCAAAUAACCUCGCUUUUCAGAUCCUUGCAUAUUAGAAUGCCGACGAGGAAGCUAUGCAACACCUCGAGGCCGCGUCAAGGACGGCACUCGAUGCAACAGUAACCCCAUGAGCAAAGACGUUUGCAUUGAAGGAGUUUGCCAGGUAAAAUUUAAAAAUUGGGAACUGACACACGAAGCACACUGAGGAAAGACAAACAUGUCACAUUUUCCUGUGCUGUCGACUCCGGUGUUCCAGUAAUGUAGAAGCAUUGUUAGCUUCUCGUUCCCAUUUUCAUAUCCUUGGCUGAGCGGUGCCUAAAUACCUCCAUAAGUGGUUCAUUUUUCAAAGACUCUUGUUCUCUUGCAAGGUUGUCUACAAAAGCUUCCACGGAAGUCCAACCGUGAUGCCAUCAUGGCAAAAACGAGACCAAAGCAAACCACAAGUUAAGACAAAAGAGGAAAACUCCCAACAGUUGGAUUUUCAGAAAUUUUCCGACGUUGUGUCACAAUAUUACAGUCAAAAGAUUGUAGAUUUUCAGUAAUAGCAAGGGUUGUAAUUCAAGACAUUGGUCAUUAAAUUUUGUAAGAAUUGCUGUGGAGACUGAUAAAGAACGUCCUGUCAUAAAAUUUUAGUCUGAUCAGAUCAUUAAAUUUAUAAUACCUAUGAUAAUUAGCGAAAAAAUCGAGGAAAAGGUCCUUAUCCAUGAUAAAAUCAAUCCGUCUCGUUAUGACCAGUCAGCCCCAACUGGUACUCGUUUACCUUUUAAUGAUCUGGUUUUUUUUUGUUUCCAGCCCGUUGGUUGUGACAUGAGAUUAAAUUCAGGCGUGAAGUACGACCAUUGUGCUGUUUGCGGAGGCGACAGUUCCACUUGCAGCUUCGUUAGUGGGUUGUACACAGAGAACUACCGUAAAUGGGGUAAAAAAAACUAAAUAAUUUUCAUUUAACGCAAGGGUUAUGGUAAGAGCUACUAUGGGUUUCGCAGCCCAUCUCGACUUUGCUCGGGUUGCAUGAAUGUAUACCGAACUAUAUGUUUCCCAACCAUUGAAUAAUCGUUUAAAUCAGUUUAAAGUCUUUGAGGUCCAUGUACGCUUAAAGGAGCGUCUUCCUUUGAUUGACAGUAAUUGCCAAAGGUGAUGAAACGAUUAUGGAAAUGAAAGGAGUAUUUUUGACAAACUGAAGGUUUGAAAGGGAACUAAAGAAGUGCCAACACUACCCUAAGUCCACAAAUAAGUACGAAACCUUUUAAGUCCUUUAAAAUGGGUACCAAUUAGGGGCCCAUUGUGGGCCGGGUAGAAGCUCUUUACCUCGAAGUCAAGACUAUUCCUAGAUUGUGCAAUCCUCGGAAAAUAUACUUUUGCCGCUCGGUUUACGACGUAUAUAAUUAUGAGGACAUUUCUCUUGUUCUUAAGUUAUCGGUUAGGGUUUAUGUUCAUCAAUCGUUUUGCUUUCAAGGUCCAAAUAAGCCAGGCGAAAUCAUCACCAUUCCAGCUGGCUCUACCAAUGUCUUUGCCAAAGUGAAGGGAAACACGGAAAACAUGCUUGGUGAGAGGCCUGCUUUUUAAAUGAUAAAGUAACAUUAUCCGGCAUCUGACACGCAAUAAACAAGUGACUGGGAGAAAAUAAUUUUUUUUAUUAUACCAACCGAGUUGAAUAUCAAAUUAUUAUAUUAGUGCUCUCUCAAUAAAUCGUUUUCACUUUCAUUCCAUAGAUAUCAACAGUUACUGCGAUUGAGGAUAAAAAAAAUCGCUCAAUAUCCUGCUUUCAAGGAAAGUUUUGUCGCUGCACCCCUCAGUUAUUGCCAAUUAUUAAAUAUUGCAUUUCUAGCCUUCUGAUUGGUUCUCUUAAAACCGGUUAUCAGCUCAUAUUCUGAGUCACUUUAUAUGGAAAUGCAUUGCGCAUCGCGGAGCUAAAAAGAGGCACCAAAUAACCUAACAGUUAUUACUUAAUGAAAUUUGAUUAAAACAAUUAUUUCAUUCGCUCUCGUGGGAUACAAGAUAAGUUAUAGCCAACUCGAUGCUAAGCGCCUCGUUGGCUAUUUACUAUCUCAUAUCCAACGCAUGGAGUAAUUUUUAAAUAUUGCAUAUUGUUUUCAGGGGUUAAGAGAGCAGCAGAUGGAAAGUGGGUUUACAACGUGGCGUAUACAUGGAGCACAGUAGUGAAGGCAGCUGGAACUAAAGUCGCCUACGAUCACGAGGACCACAUAUGGAAGGACGAAGUUGACAUCCCAGGACCGACGAAAGAAGCAUUGAAACUCAUGGUUAGCACUUGUGGUGAUUUAGCUAUAGGCCUAAUAGCGGAGCUCCAGCUCACACAUCUACCUAUCGACGUGCAAUCUGCUUAUUGUGUCCUCAAUGCAGCUUGUUGCGCAAGCACAGUGUACCUUUGUGUUAGGAAAGAUGAAAACUGGUCACUUAAAGAAGAACUGUUUCAAUUUUGAUAAUUCGACGUACUUUUUUAGUAUGUGUCCCCGCUUGCGUGUCUCAUGUUCAGGAGCUCCGCUAUCAGGUUCUACAGAAGUUCGAAACUUUGGCGCAUCAUCGUACUUCAUCCGUCAAACCCCUAAGAUAUGAUUUGUGAUUAUCCCUUCAAGUUGCAAUUGCUUCGUGUUCUUUGUGAGAAAGUAGCCAAGGCGAUUUUUUGUUCAAUCAAGAUGAUAAAAUUUUGAUGGAUACCUUGGACUAUUCUCAAUACCAGUUUGCUUAAUAUCUCAUCGGAUGUGUUAGUAUGAAUACUGUAAGGAGAAAUUACAGGUUCAUCACGUCCGAAAGUUCAAAGUUUAGAGGGACUAGUCCAAUGUCUGUGGAUUUUGUAAACGUAAGCGCACCUCACCUGUCCUAAGCUUGUUAUUUCAACCCUGCAACAUGCAAAAUGAGGCAGACGAAAGAUCCCGUUUGGCAAGCUGCAAUCUCGAUUGUUCUGCACGAGAGGAUUCAGGUAGAUCAGCACGAAUACUUGAAUAUAUCAGGACGAAUUAAUGCAUUGUACGGACGAAUUUCGGUAAAUAUUCAGUGAUCUGGCCCUGAGGUAACGACGGUUGACGUCAAAAGCAGCAGAAGUAAAAGAAGCAAAUUUCACGUCAUUUUCUCUUCCUUGUACAUCAAACCUGUGAGUUAUACCAAUGUUACAAUCUUUGUAUUCAUUUGUUCUCUUUUGUUUUGUUUUUUUUUUGUUUGUUUGUUUGUUUUUUUCUGUUUCUUUCUCCUAGUAUGUCUAUAUUAAAGGAGCAAAUCCUGGGGUGGAAUACCAUUUUUUAUCGCCCCAAAGGAGUGACGUAACUGCUGAACAAGUAAAAUGGAAGAUAGGAGGCUGGGGCGCAUGCACGCAAGACUGCGCUGGAGGUAAUAAGAUUCAAUCUGCUCGUUAUGUUUAGAUGAACGAGUAAGCAGAGCUAAUUUGCUUUUCACUGGGUAAGGCUGAAUUUUUAAGAAAAACAAUCAAGGGUAGGUGGUGAAAAUAAAAAAUACGAAGAGCCUACAAAAACCUUGAAGUUUCAAACUUUAGGAAAGAACUGAAAUCGAGAUUAAAAAAACAAAUCCUAAAUACCGCAGUCAUUGAUAGUUUUUAUGUCACCUGAUUUUGGGAAAUGAAAACAAAUUCAAUUGAAAAUCAUAGGAAGGAUUUGAAUGUCUCAUUUGAGAUAAACGAACUCUGUUCCCAGAAUAUGAGUGUUGGUUAUGAUUCUGCCUCGUUUACGUGAAGCAAGAGAUUAUAAUCUUUAUUAUAAUCAUAUCUUACUCUGAAAUAAUUUUCCAAUUAAAAGUAAUGAAUAAGACCUCCCUUUGAUAAAGAAGAUGAAGGUAACUAGGAAAUCAAAAGAAUUAUUGAUCUCCGUGACAAAGAUGAUAAGAUGAACAGGCAAAACAAGGUUAAUUGUGUUUUAUUAACAGGAUACCGGACAAGACUUGUUGAAUGCGUCCGUAAAGAUGACGGCAGUUACGUCAAUGACAAGGUCUGCCUCAAGUCUGGAGGCAAACCAGCGAUGCAGCAGGCUUGCAAUACACAACCGUGUCAGCCGGAGUGAGUAUGAAAGCAAUGACACAAACUUACAAACGGGGAAAAACUUCAGAUAAAUCUGUUUAAAAAUCAAAUGUCGCGCAAAACGGCGGCGAGUCCCUUCGCCUCAGUAAAUCAACAUCAUUGGAAUCCGAGAAUUGCUUUUCACGAUCGAUUGAAAUUUUUUCUUUCCUGAUUUUCAUUUCGUAGAUGGUACCUGUCAGGUUGGCGGCCAUGUUCAAAAACCUGUGGUAAGGGGAUUCAGCUAAGAACAAUCGUCUGCAGGCGAAAGAAAAGCCAGGAACAUUAUGAGACUGUUCAAGAAUCCUCGUGUACUGAGCAGAAACCAGUCGGAAACCUACAGCAGGAAUGCAACAUGAUCGCUUGUCCGGCUGAAUGGAAACAUUUAGCAUGGAGUGAGGUAAACACAGAAGGAGGUCAGCCGUGAUAAUCUUGAAGUAUAUCGCCGUUCGAAAUUUUCAUUAACUACACUUCCAAGGAUAAGAUUAAGCUGAGAUCGCAAAUUAGUUUAUAAGAAUUAUCCACUAAUGCUGCGUUGUUUUAACGGAAACUUCCUCAAAAGCGAAUUUCCCAUCGGUUUCUGCAAGCAGCCAAAGAAAAACAGCAACUAACGAACCAAAAUAUGGCAUACAAAAUUUUUCAUUCUGUAUCGUUCUCAGUGCACCCGGUCAUGUGGAGGAGGUACAAUGACUCGCAGUCUCAAGUGCAUGAAACUGAACGCGCAUGGAAUGCUGGUAACUGUGUCAGACUAUCAGUGUAGCCACGCCGUGAAACCCACCACAGAGGAAAAAUGCAACACCGAUAUUGAAUGCCCAGGUAAGUAGAUAUGUAAACACAUUUAUGAUAUGUGCCACACUUUGGUGCGGUUGGAUCCUCAGUCAACACGUAACAAACUUUUCAGGACCACCCAACACAGACUGCCCAGUAAGGCAUCGACAGCAUAGUUAUGCCUGCUCAUUCCACCCUAAAACUUUGCUCAGGAGCGGAGUAGUAAGUAAAACCAGUUUACCAUUGAUAAUCAUUUAUCAUAUCUUGUUACGAUACAGGAUCCAUUCUUAGCCCGGAUGGCAAACGGUUCAUAGCCUUGGGAUGCUUCAAGGACGCAAAGAAAUUACGCGCUGUUCCAGAUUUAGUGACAAAUAUGCGUGGAAAAAUUGACUGGCGUCACAUAGAAAACACUGUCAAAGAAUGCGCCCACAGAGUAACGAAAACGAACUCUACACUCAAGGUUAGGCCCUUAAAGAUUAUGCAAACAUGCUUUGGCAUAAUUUGGAAAAUCGACGGAAUGAUCAGCAUAUUUUUAGUUUUUUGAAGGGAUUAUUACCAGAGUCAUGACGUUUUUGGUCUAUAAGAUUUAUUUUUUUUAGUUCAAUCCAUAGAUCAGUCUAUUUUCAAAUUUGCAACGUCUUCGGGAAGAUGGUUACCGCAAUAGUAAGUCGUUCGACGUUUAGAAGACUUAGCACACCAGAAGUAAAGAUUGCGUUGGUCCCAGUUCUCGCUUUCACGGGCAACAAAAUGGCGUCAAAGAGAAACGUUAUACUAACAUCGUAAAUUUUGCCACGUGAAGUCUCCGCCCUAGUCUGUAAUUAAGCGCAGUAAUUAAUUAUGUUUUAUCAGAGAAAGUAUGAAACUCAAAAUAAAAAGAUAUUAUGCUUUUUUAACAAUAAAUAUAUAAUUGGGACUUGUUUUGAGAUGCAUGUUUUAAGAAAAAGUACCAAAAUCCUCCAAGGCGACCAUAAGUUGGAGCAUAAUUUGGAAUAAAGGGUCUACUCAAGAUACCUUCCUUCAUGCUUUUCAACAAAGACCAACUGUUAAAUUUUCCCUGGCAUCCGAGUAGGAAAUUGUAGAAAUUAACAAUAAUCUACUACUAUGGUAAGACCCAGUUCAGUAAUCUGUCCCAAAAGUCUAAUUAGUUAAACAAAGCACGAUAGUAAACGGCGCUAUACGCAGAGGAAGAGUAAAAGAACGCGGGAGGUUUUAGGACCCGACCCGUCCCAUACCUCUUUCGCUUUUUCACUCCUCCGCUAUUAUCGCACCGUUUUUUAUUUCGCUUCAUUUUAUUAACUGAACGCUUAGCCUGGAACAGUAUAGCUCAGUAAAAGAUGUCGAAUUAAUCUAGGAAAGUAACAAUUUUCGAUGGAGUUUUGACUCAAUUAUUUUCAUUUGAAGGUGCAACGAAUUUCUCACAGAGCAGUAUAUUGGAAAAAAAUGUCAAUGAAAUACUUUCGUGGUUCGCAAAACCCAGUGAACAGUUGUUAAGCUAAGGUUUAGGAGCAGCACGACUUUACAAUUGACUCAGCUAUUUUUAUUGUCAGGUGUUUGCAUUACAGUUCUACGGAGAAUGUUGGACAGGAGUAAAUGCAGAAAAGAGUUAUAGCGAGUACGGUGCUUCUCCAAACUGUUGGAACGGUGUGGGCGGAACGCAGACCAAUUUUGUGUAUGAAUUUAUCGAUGAUGAUGAUAAGGUAAGCUUAAUAAGAGGGCUACUCUUGAAAUCUAACCGUAUGAGGUAGAAGUCCUGAGAAAGACUGUUAUCGUAGCUAGUAGUGACUGACAUUUUGACGACCUCAGUGGAAGUUAUCCUAAACGAAGAGUUGUUGGUCAUUCCAGUGUUACAAUUCUGGUUCGUGUUGAGUGAUUGGUCAGUUUUACUUUGAUGUUAUUGGCUGUUGAUCUCAAGUAGCAUAAAUCGGUCGUGAUUGGUCAGUUUAAAUCCGUCGACAGAUUUCACGGCCCUACGCGAAAAAGAUACGCUUUGCGCGACGACUAAACGAGCUAUUAGUAUACGUGCGUGAGAGAUUGAUGGGGGCCUUUGCAAAACCAUUUCACAGUAGCUGUGCUUACGAGACAAAUACCAAAAAAGAAAAGACAUGACAAAUCAGUAUUCCAACCACUAUUCCUAGUAUUUUUUCCAUGCCACCAUAGACACCCACGAUAAUGUGCAAGAUUUCACUGUUAUAUAUGUUGACGAUAGUUUUAGAAAAAAAACGGAAAGAAAAAGUCAGCUGAAUUGGCAAAUAAGAGUCUUCCCGGUAGCGUUAGCAUUACAAAUUUUUUUAAGUGUAAAAAAAAGGUUUCAUACUUCCUUAAGAUGAUGCACGUUAGUAACCUUAAAUUAGGAUAUUGAACGACCUUGGGCACUAUGACUUUUUUCUCUAUUGAUGUGGUCAUGUGGCAAGGUUCUAUCAAUGGUCAAUUAUGGGGUGGGAAGAGGGGUAUGGCUCCCAUAUAAUCUGACAUAUCACGUGUCUAUUAAAGAGAACUUUCUUGGUUAUUUUGCUCACAGAGUCCUUAGUCCAAUCCUUGCCACAGAGCGAAUGGCAGCGGAGUGACGACAACGGUAGAAUGCGAACGUUAAGCAUUCGUUCCAAUGAUUUCUUGUAGAAUACUAGUUCAGUAAAUGAACCUGCGCAUGAGCGAGAACGAGGAAUAAAACAGUGUCUUACCCAG